AUGAGACAGUCAUUGCGCUUGCAGGAGAAGGUUGCUAUUGUCACCGGUACUUCUUCCGGCUUAGGUCGAGCUAUCGCAAUCCGCUAUGCGCAAGAGGGCGCCAACGUAGUUUGUGCCGACUUGACACCAACGGCUCGCUCCCAAGAGGAAGCUGGAAUCACAACACAUGAGUUGAUAAUUCAGGAGGGCGGGCAGGCCAUUUUCGUGCAAACAGAUGUCGGCGAUGCCACCCAGAUGGAGAACUUGGUCAAGAAAGCCGUGAAGGUCUAUGGAAGACUUGAUAUUCUUGUCAAUAAUGCAGGAAUCAGCAUUGAGGCGCGUCUUCCUGCUGUUCUCCAUUUGACAGAUGAAGCAACAUGGGACACGACGAUGCGAGUAAAUGUGAAGUCAGUUUUCCUUGGCUGUAAAUAUGCCCUUGCACAGAUGUUGUCGCAGGAGCCACAUGCUUCAGGAGACCGAGGAUGGAUCAUUAACAUCUCAUCAAUUAUGGGCAUGAUUGCGGGGCCGGAGAAUCCCUCUUACUGUGCAUCCAAGGGAGCUGUUAGCCAGCUCACGAGGCAGGUUGCCUUGGAUUAUGCCCCGCAUAAAAUCCACUCCAAUGCACUUUGCCCUGGUUAUACCCAGACCGCUAUCUUCAAAGAGACGACUACUAAUCUCACACCUUGGGGAGAUCUCAAUCGUCGGCACCCUUUGAAGGGUCCAGGCUUCCCUGAUGAUAUUGCUAAGAUGGCUGUCGUUUUGGCAAGUGAGGAUGCUAGCUGGGUCACUGGAGUAUGCUUGCCUGUGGAUGGUGGAUACACUGCCCGUUAG